AUGGCAAAAGCAGAGAAUAAUUGUGUACGCAUCACUUUGCCUGUUGACCUCAUCACUGCAGGUAAAUUUUAUGAGAAUGCUAACACUGGAGAAGCCACUGUGGACUCUGGGGUCCCUGAUGGAUGGAUGGGUUUGGAUUGUGGUUCUGAAAGCAUUAAGCUGUUGGUGGAAGCUGUGGGCAGGGCCAAGCUGAUUGUGUGGAACGAGCCAGUCAGUGUCUUUGAGUGGGACAAGUUUUCCAAAGGAACCAUCAUUGGAGGUGAAGACACUGCUACAUGCUGUGCCAAAUGGGGCACCGAGGAGAAAGUUAGUCAUGUUAGUACUGGAGGUUGGUGCUGGCUUGGAAUUCCUGGAAGGUAA